AUGGCCUUCUCAGCUGAUGCUAUUGAACGACAAGCAGUGUGUCGACAUGGGUUUAUUGGAUCACUGUAUGAUAUUCGAACAGAUAAACUGGAAGGCACAAACUUAUUCAAAAAAAAACUACCAGAAGAAUUCAUUGAUGUUAGUGACAUUGCUCAUACCAGUUAUGAACUGCUUUCCAACAAUUCACAAAAGGAAACAUUCGAUAAAAUGAAUAUCGAAGCAAAUUUGAAAUUAAGCUUGAUGGCUGGUAUGGUCGAAAUAAGUGGAUCGGCAAAAUAUAUGAAACAAACAAAAACAGACAGUCGCACUAUUCGGGUUACAUAUAUUUACAAAGUGAAAACAAAACAAGUGCAGUUACAUGUUUCAAUGGCUGGUUUGUCUGACUAUUUUUCAGAUGAUGCAUUGGAAAAUCCCAAUGCCACACAUGUGGUGACUGGAAUCAUGUGGGGAGCAAAUGUUGCUGCUACAUUUGAACAAGUAGUCGAAGAUCACGAGCAACUGCAAACAAUUGAAGGAUCAUUAUCAGUUGUAUUGAAAUGUUUGCCAAUCAGUGGUGACGCAAAACUCAACCUUGAAAAUAAAGACAAUUCCAAAUUUGAAAACUUACAAAUCAGUUUUUCUGGUGAUAUUCUUAUCAAUGAAUGUCCACAAAGUAUUAAAGACGUGAUGAAUGUCCUCAAAUCAGUCCCAGAUCGAAUUAAACCAUUGAAUGAAGGAAAAGGACAACAGCUUGUGUUUGUCUUGUAUCCAUUAAAACGAAUGGCAGAAAUUUUCAAGCAUGAAUUACAAAUUACUAGGAUGAUAAAAGAAGUAUCACAUCUUGUCGUCAUGCGUAUUGAGAAUAUUUUUGAAGAUAUAUCGAAGGGAAAGAGAAAAUUCAAUGAUUUUCUUAACGAAAUUAAACCAUGGGAAGACUAUGUUUCACGUGUUUGGCUAAAUGAAAUUGACCAAAAGCGAACUCAACUUAUUGGAGCUGAAUUGAAAACACAACGUGAAUUGUCAACUUUAUUGCAAAAGAUUCGUGGUGAUAUUUCACGUUAUGGAUCGCGAUAA